AUGCCUAAAGAUAGAGGCGCCCCCCGCGACCAGGGCCGUUCCAAUGCCUGGUUUGCUCACGCUGAAGUAUGCCAGACUCCACCUGAGUCAACUACACGUGCUGCACAAAAGCAGGUCCACGACUCAGGAGCUGCUCAGUAUAUUAAGGAUAAAGUACCACCAGCAUACAAAGCUAGGGAACAAAAAGCAGUGAGCAACAAUUUCCCAUUUUCUUCUCAUGACAACAGAAACAGUCUGCAGAAUGUAGGAGAGUAUUUUGAUUUUGAUCUAGGCCGGAGGAAGGUGGAACCAGAGAGACGGCAACAGAACUCCCAGAACUUCUUCCAGUGGGCUCAUGCAGCAGCUCCUAGCAGGGAGGAUGGCUUAACCAUUUACCAGACAUCAUUUAUGAAAAGUCAAAAUACUGAGAGCCCAUUUGGUCAACAGAAACAUUGCGCUGACAAGCCUGUUCCAGAGAAUGAAAAAAACCUGCAGCCAAAGAAGUAA